AUGGACCCUUUCUUUGUGGAGCCCAUAGCCCGGGGCGGAAAGUACAGACUACUUGAGCAGUCCGAGCUGCCCACUCCUGACCCAAAUCUGCAAUUCAAAAUAGUCAUUGUCGGAGACUCAGGAUGCGGAAAGACGUCGCUAUUGUCAUCCUACAUUCGGGGAUCAUUCCCAUCAGAGUACGAGCCAACCAUCUUUGAGAAUCACAGAGCCUUUCUACAGGACAGUUCACAGCAGCACAUACUGACGGUCGAUCUUUGGGACACAGCAGGACAGGAAGACUACGAAAGACUGAGAAGAUUGAGCUAUCAGGACUCGAAUCUGAUUAUCCUAGCAUACUCGCUGGCCGCUAAGGACUCGUUGCUCAACAUUCCAGAGGUGUGGGCUCCCGAGAUCCUUGGGUUCUGUGACAAGACCCCAAUUGUGCUUGUGGGCUUGAAGGCUGAUGUUUCCAAAAAGGAGGUGCAUCCGGAGCAGGCGUACAAUGUGGCCAAAUCGAUCGGCGCUGUUGCGCAUGUCGAAUGCUCGGCGAAACAGAUGUACAAUGUUGAUCAGCUGUUCAAUGCGUGCGUGAAUGUCGUCUAUAAUCAGCACCAGGCAGCUGCGAGAGAAGCUGCGAGAGACUCGAAGCGGUUCAGCAAAGGACACUUCAGAAUUGCCAGCAACAGCAACAAUCUCGCGGCUGUCGGCUCGGAGAUCUCCAAGGAGUCUCGCAGCGAUUCCUGUUGUACAAUAAUGUGA